AUAUCUAAUUCUCAUCAAUUCUUACAUCAUUAUGUAUAGAGCUGUUAAAAGUAACCCAUUAAAGAGAAUUGCAACCCAAUCAAAGAGGUUCGUUUGUUCCAAGUAUUUCCCCGAGGAGCCAAUUGUUCCAACUAUUUUGUCAUCCCAUAUACCUGGCCCAGUUUCCACAAAAUUAAACAAUGAAUUAGGAGAAGUUUACAGUAAUAGUGCCACUUAUUUCGUUGCUGAUUACUUUUGUUCCAUUGGUAACUACAUCAGUGAUGCUGAUGGCAACAAAUUGUUGGAUGUUUAUUGUCAAAUUUCAUCCAUCCCCCUUGGUUACAAUAACCCUGAAUUGAUCAAAGCAGCCCAAUCCGAGGAAAUGAUUAGCGCAAUUGUAAAUCGUCCUGCAUUGGCUUGUUUUCCAUCGACAAAUUACAAGCAGAUUCUUGAAGACGGUAUAUUAGCCGCUGCCCCAGCUGGAUUAGACAAAGUUUGGACAGGAUUGAGUGGUUCAGAUGCAAAUGAAAUGGCUUACAAAGCUGCUUUCAUGUAUGCUCAUCUGAAGAAGAGAGGAGAAAAUGGAUUCACAGCCGAGGAAUUGAAAUCAGUUAUGGAAAACAAAACCCCUGGUGCUUCUGACAUGGUUAUUCUUUCCUUUAAUAAGGCUUUCCAUGGUAGGUUAUUUGGUUCUUUAUCUACUACCAGAUCAAAAGAAAUUCACAAGUUGGAUAUUCCAGCAUUCCCAUGGCCAAAAACUCCAUUCCCUCAAUUGAAAUAUCCAUUGAAUGAAUACGAAGCUGAAAAUAAAGCCGAAGAAGACAGAUGUUUACAAGAGUUGGAAUCCACAAUUAAGAACUCUUCAAAGAAGAUUGCUGCUUUAAUCGUUGAACCUGUUCAAGCUGAAGGUGGUGAUAACCAUGCCACACCAUACUUUUUCCAAGGAGUCAGAGACUUAACCAAGAAACAUGAUAUCAUUUUCAUUGUUGAUGAAGUUCAAACCGGGGUUGGUGCAUCAGGUAAAUUCUGGGCUCACGAGCAUUGGAAUUUGACUAGUCCCCCUGAUAUUGUUACUUUCUCUAAGAAAUUUCAAGCUGCUGGGUUCUACUUUGGCAACCCUGAUUUGCAACCAAAACAACCAUAUAGACAAUUCAACACUUGGUGUGGUGAUCCAUCAAAGGCUAUUCUCGCCAAGGCUAUUUAUCAAGAAAUUGUUAAAUCAGAUUUGGUAAACCAUACUGCCCAAGUCGGGGACUACUUGUAUGCUCAACUUAAGGCUCUUCUUGGUAAGUUCCCAGAUAAGGUGUCCAAUUUAAGAGGUGAAAACUAUGGUACAUUUAUUGCCUGGGAUUGUGCUACUCUUGAAAUUAGGAAUCAAGUAUUGUUAAGUUGUCGUGCCAAGGGAGUUAACAUUGGUGGUUGUGGUGAUGCUUCUAUCCGAUUAAGACCAACAUUAUUGUUUGAAAAGAGACAUGCUGAUAUUUUACUUUCAGUUUUGGAAGAUGUUCAUAAAGCAUUGUAAGUAGUUUGUAUAGACGUAAAGAAAAAUAAUAAUAUGACUGUAAUUCCUG